AUGUUUGAUGUCUUUGCGUCCUUUGGGGGCGCGACAAGGACUGGUCUCAUUGUCGUGGCUGCGUGGGUCGCCUACCACGUAGUCCGCGCCGUGUAUAACAUCUCGCCGGUCCAUCCUCUCUACAAAAUCCCCGGUCCAAAGCUUGCUGCUGCUACGUACUGGCCUGAGUUCUAUCAUGAUGUGAUCCUCUUUGGCCGCUAUAGCGGGCAAAUCCAAGCAAUGCAUGCGGAAUAUGGUCCUAUUGUUCGAAUUAGUCCUCACGAAGUCCAUUGCGAUGACCCCAAAUUCGCCGACGAGAUUUACGCCACCAGCGGAAGAAAGCGUGACAAACCGCAACACCAGAUCAAUGGAUCAGCCCUUGGACACUCUGGAUUCGGCACCAAGGACCACGACUUGCACCGCAUCCGUCGUAUACCGCUGGCCAAAUUCUUCUCGAGGAGCAUGAUCUCGCGCCUCGAAUCAGAUAUUCGGGCUCUAGCUCAGAAUCUGUGUGACAAACUGUUGACUCACGCUGGCGCGCCUGCCUUUGACGUGACAAUGGCGUACAGCUGUUUCACCUCUGAUGCUAUCUCGCGCUACUGCUUCGGCGAGUCAUUUGGCUUUCUCGACCAGGAGGGUUGGUACCCCAACUUCCGCGAGCCGACCGCCGCAAUCCUGAAGCCUGUCUUCAUGUUUCGCUUCUUUCCAUAUCUCAAAAAUCUGACAGUACUAGGAGAGUAUCUGGUCGAUUACCUCCCGGAGGAUAUAGCACUGUUGAUCCGAACCCUCAAGAUCGAUAUACCUAAUAUGAUCGCCAAAACCAAGGCCGACAUGGACGCUGGAAUACACUACGAUCGCCCAACAAUAUUCAGAUCGCUUCUCGAGUCCGACCUCGAGAUGCACGAGAAGCAGCCACAGCGACUUGCCGAUGAGGCUACGGCUGUUGUCGGAGCGGGCACCGAAACUACGAGCUGGGCCUUGGGUGUUAUCACGUAUCAUCUAUUGACAAAACCGGACAUGUUGCAGAAGCUUCGCGCCGAGUUGUUGGGCGUCGUCGACGACCCAUUGCGACUCCCGUCGUGGACGGUGCUAGAGAAGCUUUCUUACAUGGGCGCCGUGAUCCAGGAAGGCUUACGCCUCUCUUUCGGUGUGGCGGCACGGACCGCGCGCGUCCCGACCCGCGAGAGCCUGGUUUAUCAGGGUGAGUUCAACAAGAAGCCUGUUCAACAUGUGAUUCCCCGAGGGUUCGCCAUCGGCAUGUCGGCGGCUAUUACGCACUUGGAUGAUCGAGUCGUCAAGAACCAUCAAGAGUUCGCACCGGAGCGCUGGCUGGAUGAUGAUAACCGGAUCGAGCUUGAGCGCGGGAUGUUGCCCUUUUCCAAGGGCAGCCGAGCUUGUCUGGGUAUGAAUCUAGCGCUGUGUGAGCUCAAUUUGGCCUUGGCAGCGGUGGCUUUGCGCGUCAUGCCUUACAUGGAGCUCUUUGAGACGACAGACCAAGACGUCCGCUAUGAUCACGACAUGUUCGUACCCAUGGCUAAGUCUGGCUCGAUGGGUGUUAGGGUCAAGAUGAACCACCCAAGCUAG